CGGACCUAGAGUGUUCGUUCUAUUCGUUGUACCGGUGUGGUCAGCGUGUAUCUUUACGAUUUGAUCGUCGUGUCGUCGGUGAGAAUCAGUGCGAUCAAGGAAGACAGGAUCAGAAUGUGGCUCGAUCCUCCAGGAGGAGGGUGUAAUAUACCCACGUAUCUAACGACGAUGCUACUCUUGGCUGUUCUGGCAAUGACGAACGUGGCUUGCGCCGAGGAUGAAUCCAUGGGACCGGUAUUCGUAAAGGAACCACCAAAUCGAGUCGACUUCUCGAACGGAACCGGAGCUGUCGUCGAAUGCCAGGCAAGAGGAAACCCCCAACCGGAUAUCAUUUGGGUUCGUGCUGACGGAAGCGCUGUUGGGGAUGUUCCUGGACUCAGACAGGUCUUACCGAACGGAAAUUUGGUCUUCCCCCCUUUCCGCGCCGAGGAUUACCGUCAAGAGGUUCAUGCUCAGGUUUACAGCUGUCUGGCGCGUUCCCCAGCAGGUUCAGUUCACAGCCGAGAUGUUAACGUGAGAGCCGUCGUCACGCAGCCGUAUCAGCCGGAAAUUCUCACCGAGUACGUGAUCAGGGGGAACAGCGCGAUAUUGAAGUGCAGCAUCCCGAGUUACAUAGCGGAGUUCGUUACGGUCGAGGCGUGGAUCAGGGAGGACGGAGAAGUAUACAUACCGGAGGAUCCAGCUGUCGGCCAGCAUGAUGGAAAAUACUUGGUACUGCCUUCCGGAGAGCUUCACAUCCGCGAUGUUGGACCCGAGGACGGAUACAAGACCUAUCAAUGCCGCACCAAGCAUAGACUUACCGGAGAGACGAGGCUGUCGGCUACCAAGGGACGACUCGUCAUUACCGAACCUGUUGGAAGCAAGGCGCCAGCCUUUGCCGGGGAUCAAAAACUUUCUCUGUUGGUGCGACGAGCGAACACGGACGUUAGUCUUCCUUGCAAUGCCCAGGGACAUCCUACUCCUGUGUAUAGAUGGUACAAGUUCAUCGAGGGCUCGUCCCGCCGUCAACCAGUCCAAUUGAACGAGCGCGUCCGCCAGGUUAGCGGGACACUGAUCAUCCGCGAAGCGCGUGUCGAGGAUUCGGGCAAAUAUCUUUGCAUCGUGAACAACUCGGUGGGCGGGGAGAGCGUGGAGACGGUGCUCACCGUGACGGCGCCGUUGGGGGCUGAGAUCGAGCCGAGCACCCAGACGAUCGACUUCGGCAGGCCUGCAACAUUCACUUGCAACGUGAGAGGGAACCCGAUCAAGACCGUCUCCUGGCUCAAGGACGGGAAACCGCUUGGAUUGGAGGAGGCGGUGUUAAGGAUCGAGAGCGUGAAGAAGGAGGACAAGGGGAUGUACCAGUGCUUCGUCAGAAACGACCAGGAAAGCGCCCAGGCGACGGCAGAGCUCAAACUCGGUGGACGAUUCGAACCCCCGCAGAUUCGCCAGGCAUUCGCCGAGGAGACGCUUCAACCGGGGCCGAGCAUGUUCCUCAAGUGCGUAGCGAGCGGCAACCCGACCCCCGAGAUCACCUGGGAACUCGAUGGCAAACGUUUGUCCAACACGGAGAGGCUUCAGGUUGGCCAAUACGUGACGGUGAACGGCGACGUGGUCUCCCAUCUGAACAUAUCCAGCACUCACACGAACGACGGUGGACUGUACAAAUGCAUCGCAGCUUCGAAGGUCGGAUCAGCGGAACACUCGGCACGUCUCAACGUCUACGGUCUCCCCUUCAUUCGCCACAUGGACAAAAAGGCCAUAGUAGCCGGUGAAACUCUUCGCGUCACUUGCCCGGUUGCCGGAUAUCCGAUCGAGAGCAUCGUGUGGGAGCGGGACACGAGGGUGUUGCCGAUCAACAGGAAGCAAAAAGUCUUCCCCAACGGGACCCUUAUCAUCGAGAACGUGGAGAGGAUGAGCGACCAGGCUACCUACACGUGCGUCGCGAGAAACGCUCAAGGUUACAGCGCCAGAGGAACGUUGGAAGUUCAAGUGAUGGUGGGGCCCCAAUUGGCCCCGUUCACGUUCGGUGACGAGGCAGCCAACGCGGGGGAGAUGGCCACCGUUCAGUGCGCCGUGAUCAAGGGCGAUCUGCCGGUGAGGAUCGCUUGGUCACUGAACGGUAGGCGUAUCGACGCAGGCCGCGCUUCAGCCGAGCAGAGUCACGACACCCCCGACAUCGUGGUGACGAGGAGUAGUAAACGGAUCAGCACGCUCACCAUAGACUCGGUGGCCGCGAGACACGCGGGCGAGUACUCGUGCACAGCGACCAACGAGGCCGGAUCCGCAACGCACGUCUCGGUCCUCUCCGUAAACGUACCACCCCGCUGGAUCCUGGAACCAACCGACAAGGCAUUCGCUCAAGGCUCUGACGCUCGCGUCGAAUGCAAAGCCGACGGUUUCCCCAAGCCCCAGGUCACGUGGAAGAAGGCCGCUGGGGAUACGCCGGGCGAUUACACCGACUUGAAAUUGAGCAAUCCGGACAUCAGCGUGGAGGACGGUACCCUGUCGAUCAACAACAUUCAAAAGACGAACGAAGGUUACUAUCUCUGCGAGGCUGUGAAUGGAAUCGGCGCAGGACUCUCGGCUGUCAUCUUCAUCUCGGUUCAAGCUCCACCCCACUUCGAGAUCAAACUGAAGAACCAGACCGCACGACGAGGGGAACCGGCCGUGUUGCAAUGCGAGGCCCAAGGCGAGAAACCGAUCGGCAUCCUGUGGAACAUGAACAACAAGAGGCUGGACCCGAAGAGCGAUUCCCGUUACACCAUUCGGGAGGAAAUAUUGGCGAACGGCGUGCUGUCCGACCUGAGCAUCAAGAGAACCGAAAGAAGCGACUCCGCCCUCUUCACCUGCGUGGCGACCAACGCUUUCGGAAGCGACGACACAAGUAUCAACAUGAUCGUGCAAGAGGUACCCGAGGUUCCGUACGGUUUGAAGGUGUUGGACAAAUCUGGACGCUCGGUCCAACUUUCCUGGGCAGCGCCGUACGACGGGAACAGUCCGAUCAAGCGUUACGUAAUCGAGUACAAGAUCAGCAAAGGCUCGUGGGAGACCGAUAUCGACCGAGUUCUGGUGCCAGGAUCCCAACAGAACGUAGCGGGCGUGUUCAAUCUCAGGCCAGCCACCACCUAUCACCUUAGAAUCGUAGCCGAGAACGAAAUAGGCGCGUCCGACCCGUCCGACACAGUCACCAUCAUCACCGCCGAAGAGGCGCCCAGCGGCCCACCAACCUCCAUCCGCGUCGACGACCUCGAUCAGCACACCCUCAAGGUAACAUGGAAACCGCCCCCUCGCGAGGAUUGGAACGGCGAGAUUCUUGGAUACUACGUUGGCUACAGGCUCUCCUCCUCCGAGAAACCGUACAUGUUCGAAACCGUGGACUUUUCGAAGGAGGACGGAAAGGAGCACCACUUGCAGAUCAUGAACCUGAAGACGUAUACCCAGUACAGCGUGGUCGUUCAAGCGUUCAACAAAGUAGGAUCGGGACCGAUGAGCGAGGAGCGGAGGCAGCACACCGCCGAAGGCGUACCCGAGCAACCCCCUCACGACACCACUUGCACCACCUUGACCUCCCAGACCAUCAGGAUCUCCUGGAUGUCGCCACCCCUCAGCGCCGCGAAUGGAGUUAUCACCGGAUACAAGGUCAUCUACGGACCCUCCGACACCUGGUACGACGAGAACACCAAGGACACCAAGAUCACCUCCUCGAGCGAGACCAUUUUGCACGGAUUGAAGAAGUACACGAACUACAGCAUGCAAGUCUUGGCUUUCACUUCUGGCGGCGAUGGUGUCAAGUCCGCGCCUAUUCACUGCCAAACCGAACAGGAUGCCCCCGAAGCGCCUAUCGCGAUCAAGGCUCUCGUCAUGUCGUCCGAAUCGAUCCUGGUUUCGUGGAGGCCGCCUAGCCAACCGAAUGGCGUCAUCACCCAGUACACCGUGUACACGAAGGCUGACAACGCGGAGGAGCCGACCAGCCAGAAGGUGCCGCCCAAUCAGCUCACUCACGAGGCAUCCGAAUUGGACAAGACGCGCAGAUACGACUUCUGGGUGACCGCGAGCACGAACAUCGGCGAGGGGGAGGCUUCGAAGAUCGUCGCAUUGGCGCCCAGCGUUCGAGUCCCGGCAAAGAUCGCAUCGUUCGACGACAAAUUCACGGCUACCUACAAGGAGGACGUGAAAUUACCCUGCUUGGCCGUUGGUGUACCCGCGCCCGAAGUGACGUGGAAAGUGCGAGGCGCCGUUCUCCAAUCUAGCGACAGACUGCGACAAUUGCCCGAAGGAUCCCUGUUCAUCAAGGAAGUGGACCGCACCGACGCCGGGGAAUACUCCUGCUACGUGGAGAACACGUUCGGCCACGAUACCGUCACCCACCAAUUGAUCGUGCACGCUCCCCCUCACUCGCCCCAAAUCACCCUUACCGCGACCACCACCAACUCGUUGACGAUGAAGGUGCGCCCCCACCCCACCGACAACGCCCCGAUCCACGGAUACACGAUCCACUACAAACCGGAAUUCGGCGACUGGGACACGGCGCAGAUCAGCUCCACGGUGCAGAAGUACACUUUGGAGAAUCUGUUGUGCGGCUCGAGAUACCAGAUCUACGUAACCGCGUACAACGGAAUUGGAACCGGCGAUCCAUCCGACAUGCUCAACACCCGCACCAAAGGCUCGAAACCGAUCAUCCCCGAGGCGGCAAGGUUCAUCGAGGUGGCUACGAACAGCAUCACUCUGCACUUGAACGCUUGGUCGGACGGUGGCUGCCCCAUGAUCUACUUCGUGGUCGAGCACAAGAAGAAGAACCAACAGGAAUGGAACCAGGUGUCGAACAACGUUAAACCGGGCGGAAACUUCGUCGUUCUGGAUUUGGUCCCUGCCACGUGGUACCACCUGCGCGUCACCGCCCACAAUAACGCCGGAUUCGCGGUUGCCGAGUACGAAUUCGCAACACUGACCGUAACCGGAGGUACGAUCGCGCCCCCCGUGCGGAACGGCGACAACGACAGCACGGACGUGAGGCGUUAUUUCCCUUGGUUACCCGGCUGGCUGGACGUGAACGUGGUUGUGCCGGUCGGAGCAACGAUCGUCGUCAUUAUUGUAGGGAUAGUGGUGAUUUGCGUCGCCUUGUCUAGGAGAACUCGGGGCCCGGAACAAACGCGGCUGCGAGGUAUCUCAUCAGCCGACGAGAAAUAUUACGAGGGACAAUACGACGUGGUGUACCAGCAAACCGGGGUGGGCGGAGCAACUCUCGACAAACGAAGGCCCGACCUCCGCGACGAGCUUGGAUACAUCGCCCCGCCCAACCGUAAAUUGCCCCCUGUACCCGGAUCCAAUUAUAACACCUGCGAUCGCAUCAAGCGAGGUACAGUGAUAAGUGGGACAGGCUCGAUAAGAAGCCACUCGACGUGGGAUCCAAGACGACAUAUGUACGAAGAAUUGAAUCAUUGCGCGCCGAACCGAAGAUGUCCACCGCCACCUCGCAUGGGCAGUGCCGAGGGUCUAUCCCACAGAGGCAUGGAAGACGAGAUCUGCCCCUACGCCACCUUCCACCUUCUUGGAUUCCGCGAGGAGAUGGACCCAAGCAAGGCCAUGCAAUUCCAGACCUUCCCACACCCAGGCAACGGACACUCGGGCACCAUGGGACCACCCGUUGGACAUCCUACCAACGCUUCUGCCCACAGCCGCUCCGGAUCUCAAUCCAUGCCGCGUCAAAACGGUCGCUACUCCCGAGUACCGUCCCAAGGAGGCGGAAGCGGAACCCACAACGUCUUCUCCCCCGAAUACGACGACCCGGCCAACUGCGCACCCGAGGAGGAUCAAUACGGCUCUCAAUACGGACAGUACGGCGCUCCCUACGACCACUACGGAUCCCGCGGCUCCGUCGGACGUCGUAGCGUAGGAUCGGCUCGCAAUAUCCCCGUCUCUGGAUCACCGGAACCGCCCCCACCCCCGCCAAGGAACCACGACCAGAACAACUCGAGUUUCAACGACAGCAAGGAGAGCAACGAGAUCAGCGAGGCAGAGUGCGACCGCGACCAACUUGUGAACCGCAACUACGGCGUGAAUGCUCGCGGCAAGGACGGCAUGACCACCGAGGAGAUGCGUAAACUCAUAGAGAGGAAGCCAAACGAAGCCCCCAGCCGGCAAACCGGCGCCGGCCACGGCGGUCACGGGGGACUCCUCACACCCUACGAUACUGUGGCAGUGUAACCUGUAAAUCAUCCUCCGUGGUCUUCCGUCUCUUUCUCUCUCUCUCUCUCUCUUUUUCUCUCUCUCUCCGUCACCAGAAGAACUCGAGAGAAGUGGAAAGAAUGCGCAACGCUGACUCUUCCCCCGGUGCUGUCGUCGGUCCAAAAUUGCAACGAUUUGUAUCAGGAGUAUCACCAUCGAUCGCGUCGAUAGAUAAAUAGAUAGAUAUAUAGAUAGAUAGAUAGAUAGAUUCGGCCCAAUUAUAUUACAGGAGCACACUCGUCGUUUUCGCAUACGGGAACGAUCGAUCGACCGCAACGACAUUAUCGACCGACGAUAUUUGCCUCCCGAAGGGACAAACCGUCUUCUUCGUCUUUCGACCAUUCUUCCCUUCCUUCCAACCUUUUUGGCCUUUUUCUACUUCGAUCUCGCGUCUUUUCUCUCACUCGUACGUAUAGCUCACUCGUUCUUGCUCAAUUGUCCUAACGAUAUUGGAAGGCCAGAUUUACGAAACUGCCAAAUUGAUUGACUGCCGUUCCAGGCGAGAGGAUGAUCGCUGCUCUUGAGGGGCAACAUACCGUUCGUCGUUUCUGUCGCGAAUUAAUACUGAAUAAAUACGAGUAUAGUCCUGUCGCAAGAAAAAAAAAAAAAAAAAAAAAAGAAAAAGAAAAAGGAAAAGAAAGAAAGAAAAGGAAAAAAGGAAGAGAAACGAACAUACCCGGCGUGUUCGUCCACGUUGAAAAAUGGCUAGAAAUCCGAUCCGCGACGCGUGCUCUCGGCGACGGUGCGUUUCCACGAGGAGGGGAGGGGAAGGGGGGAUUGUUUGGCGGGAUGUCCUAGGUUACGAAUUGUCGCUUCCAAGCGCCCCCACGAGUCACGGGAAGUACACACGAGAUAUACGUUAGUUUACUCGCUUUUUAAGUCAUGGUUGUGCCACACUGCCGCUCCCCGCAGGCAUAUGAUAUUAUACAUAUACAUACAUACAUAUAUAUGAUAAUAUUAUACAUAUAUAUACGAUUUAUAAUUUCGUAACGAAGGUUGUGUCCCUGUCUUUUGGUGAUCGACGAUCUUUUGAGUCUCGACGUCGCGGAGAGCAAGUCUAGAGUGCACUGUUUUUGCGACAGUGUCGCAGAGAGUGCGUCGUCGUCGUCGUCGUCGUAGCAAUAGUUAGAGACCAGGUCGCAUCCGAUGCCGUGGUGGCGUCCAAUCGAUAACUUCUUCCGCCGC